UAUCGUCAUCGUUGUCGUCGUUGUCGCGCGGCCGUAGCGCUCUCGCGGCAGUCGCGGUCGCCUGCGAUGAGUUUAGUUUUGAAAACAAGGGGCCGCCCGCCGCUCGCCGUGGUUGUACGUCGUCGUCGUCGUCGCCGUACGGCUCGCGUAUAGAAACGGAAGCGCCUCCGUCCGCAAGCGCGGCGCAGACGGCAGACGAGGAAUUAAACGGCGCGUUGCGUCGCGUCGGGACGAGUCGUGUGUAUCACGAUUAAACGUUCCUUCCGUCCCUCCCUCAUUCAGCUGUUUAUUCGUACGUCCGUCCAUCCGUUCAUCUCUUUCUCUCGGUAUACAUAUAUAUAUAUAUAGAGAGAGAGAAAGAGAGAUAUUUAUCUCUAUCCUGUUGUCUCCCUUUCUCUCUCUUUCCCUGUGACAAUUCUCCCUUCGCGUUACUGUCGAAUACGCGUGAUCACACAAAAAAUGGACGCACUUCGGGAGCAGGUGAUGAUCAAUCAGUUUGUGUUGGCCGCGGGCUGUGCCAGGGAACAGGCGAAGCAAUUGCUGCAGGCGGCGCAUUGGCAAUUCGAGACCGCUCUCAGUAUUUUCUUUCAAGAAGCAGCGAUACCUUCCUGUGCGCAAGGAGCCGGCACUCACUUCGGCCAAAUAACACCAUGCAAUACGCCAGCCACUCCGCCGAAUUUCCCAGACGCUCUAUUGGCAUUUUCUAAAAUGUCUGCAGGUGAAAAAACUCCAUCGGGCAUGUCUCCGAGCCAGAACGGAUUUCAGGCAAACUCGACACCGAUGGCGAGCAUUGUGCAGCACCACACCGCCGGCGGCCGGUGUAGUGCAUCCGGCAAUGCGACACAGCAACAGACGCAACCCCAACAGACGCAAUUCGGCCUGGGCGAACCGCAGAGAUAAAAAUGACUGUGCUAAUUGGUGAUGCGCGAGCACGAAACGGCACGUAAAUGCGCGCGAUAACGUUUCUGGAGAACAAAAUACUGCGCUCUAUGCAUAGAACGCGAAAAAGGAGAGAGAGAAAGAGAGACAGAAAGGUGAAAAAUGUAUAUGAAAAAGAAGAAAUUCUCCGUCUUCUGAGAAAAUGUAUCCUUCCUGGAAGAGGAAAAUUCGUGAAAUUUGCGAAUGAGAUCGCGGUAAUUACAUGAAAAUAUGUAUUCUUUUGCAGAUUGAAACUGGAUUGCUACGUUUAUUUACGCACAAUAAGCGAUGUGCGCAUUGUUGUGUAUGUGCGAACGCACGAAUGAGUCGAGUGUCGAUUUUCCUGACGAUGCCCGAGGGAAUGUGAUACGUAUAUUUCGAUCGCUAGAUUUCCUUCUCGGCUUCCUCUAGGGAAUAUCGAGAGGGAUCUAGGCAUAGUACGGCACUUUGAAUAGUCCGCUAUAAAUAUAUUACACACGGCCGAUAUGAAAACGCGAGUGAGGGACGAGAGACGGAAAAUCAUAUCGAAGAGCCUUUCUUCUUUUAUCUCUGUCAUGUUCGGAUUAUCUCGUAGGUCCAAAAUGAUCGAAGAUAUCGAUAAUUUGAAAUAAUCGCAUUGUAAGAACGGCUCCUUCAUUCUAUUCUAAUUUGACUUCCUUAUCUUUAUAGAUGCUAUAGACACAUGACUCUUUCUCAGAUUCAUUCACUAUAUACAUCACCGUUAAACUAGGCGAUGAAUUUCCGCUAUCACUUCCACGUCACAGUACAAAAGAGUUGCGAGGAUGCAUGGUUUCUUCGAUUAAUAAAAAAUCUUUUCACGGAAAAAAAUGAUGGGAGAAUGUAUGUAUCUUUAAUGAUAGAUGGAUACACGAUGGCUCGCAGGCGGUCAUGUAAUCAUGGAACUCGAGUGUUUUAUUACGAUCCUAUCGCUGUUCUCUUAAAAUAGUGAUGCUUGCGGCACGCGUUACUCGCGCAACGUGUGUCGUUCCCGUACACAUAAGCGAUAUUUCGAUGGUAUAAAUAUACGAGGCUAAGUAACAAACUUUACUGUGUAAAAAUUUGUAAAAAGAGUAAUCCGAGUUACGUAAUGUUCGUUUUACAUAAUAAAUAACUAUGUAAAAAGUGAAAUCAAGGAGGAUCUCGCGAGUGAUAGAAUAUAUAAUAGUUUGAUGAAUUGAUUUACACAGAAAGAUUUAAUAUGAACAACCGAUGAAUAAAUGAACAGGGGAUAUUCUUGAUUCAAUUAUUUCGGUUACUCGCGAAUAUGCUAGAGAUUACUGCCUGGUUUUAUGCAGCACUAGACUUCACGACGUUCACAAAAAAUGCUCUUGUAUGGCAGCUGGCACUACUGAUUCUGAUAUCAUAGUAUAUCAAUAAUCCGAAUAUAUGGAACUCUGUAUCUUUCAUUAUAUUUCUCGUAACAUAGAUGGACGAUUAUUCGUACUAUAGAUACAUACUUGUUUUCAUUAAGAUUAUUUAUUCAAUAUAGCAGCGAAUUUAGUUUAUCACAGCUUUUUAGAAGCUUUCUUCCUAGUUUGAGAUUCCCGUUUCUUCAUUGCAUCUUAUAUAAUUAUAAUAGAAGUCGAAAGAAAGAGAAAGACAACAUAUAAAUUUUUUUUUACAUUAGACGUCCAAAUAAAUUUUUCUUUAUGUUAUCAAUCGCGUUUGAUACUAUAAGUUGAUAAAAUUUUCAAUAAAUAUCAAUAACUUAUUAUUUUCAAUGAAAAUGAAUUUUAUAUUUUGUGGAGAUUUAUUAUUUAUUAAUUUUUAUAGACGAAAGGAAAGUCUUUAUUUAAUAUCGAUCUACAUUAAUUAAACAUGCAUAAUAGUAUGCAAAGGAACUAAUUUCCACGUACAAAAAAAAAUGUAUAAUUUUUCACUGUAAUGUUGAAAUUCAAUAUGACUGUAGUGAAGAAUAAGAGGACCCUUAAUAUAAAACAGAUCCUUAACUAACAGAAGUUCAUUUAUUCUUUAUAAUCUCGAUAUAUCUGACAACAAAAAGUUUUUAUGGAUGCAACACGAUAUAUUCGAUUCUUUUAUUUGUAGUCACGAUAGUAGUCUCGAUCAUAAUAGAACUUUAUAGUCCAAGCUUAACAUAAUAAUUUAAUUUUCAAUCAUGCAAUAGCAUCCAGGCGUCGCAUAACUUUGUUAAUGGGUUUAUGUAAAUAAUAGUAGAUAUUAGUCAUAAGAUAAAAAAAAACGUACUCUUUUAAAGUACGAGAUAUUUUUUCCAAUAAGGUACAUGCUUUAAAAUACCUUCCUUACGUUUGUAUACUAUGUAGGCUGUAUUUAAAGAUGAUAUAAAACUAUCUACAAGGAAUAAGAAUGUUUUACUAUGUUGAAAUUAUAGUUAUUGUUUAUUUGACUAUUACAAAGACAGAUAAUGGUCAUGUACAUAAUGCUGAAAAAUUAAAUAAAAUAUUGAUAA